CAUCAUCAAUCAAAUGGCCAGGCGGGCAGUCCAACGUAUUUCAUACAAGACCAACAUUCGGAUUUAUCCCCCUCAUUCGUUUUUGGUUUGCCCUUCGCCUUAGUCCGUGCUUAGCUUCAUUCCACCGCUGCCAGCGCCACCGUCUCCGUCUCCGCGGUCAACCAUCUUUUCCUCAGUCUAUUGGCAGGGUUGUGAAAUUGUUCUUGUAAUUUGUUUAAAUCACUCAAGAUGAGCAGAUCUGAACGUUUGAAGAAGCACGGAAAAAGUAAUAAGCUUUCUGGUGAUAAAUAUGUUGAAGAGGGUACAGAGAGUGCAGCUCGGACCAGGCCAUUCAGUGUUGAAGAGAUUUUACUUAGAAGAAAAAACAAAGAAUUACUUGAAAAAGGAAAAGACUCUGCAAAGGAAGCUUGGAAUGCAUCACAUGGAGCUUCUUCUGAGAAUACUACUGAUUAUUUUGAGUCAGGGAGGGUCUAUAAACGUGAAAAAAAUCUAUCCUCCAUUGUGGAAAAGCAUGCCUUGGAGGAACCAGAGAAGUUGAGUUCUAGGAAGAAGGUUGAAAGCACUCCUGGAAAGCAAUAUGAUUUAACUGAUGGGAAAGACAGUGGAGAUUAUGAUUCAGAAACCAAACUAAGCGCUGAUUUAAGUAAUAUGGGAUGGAUAAAUAAAAAUAGUAAAGCUGACAGAGAGAUUCAUAUUAGGAGAAAAAAUGAUGGAAGGGGGAUUGAUAAUUCCGAGUAUGAAGCUGAAAAUAAACGAACAAGGGAUUCAACUAAUAGGGAUAAAUAUUUAGAAAUAGAUAGGGAAAGAUCUCAAAGGAAAGUAAAGAAAAUGUAUCGUACUGUAGAUGAUGUAAGUCCUGGGGAAUAUAAAACUGAAAGGAAUCAGAACAAAGAUACAUAUGAUCAUUGGAAAAGAAAAAAGUGGUCAAGUGAUAAUUCUCAAAAUGCAGUUGAAAAGAAGCAUCAUUUAGAUAUAGGAAGCAAGGAUAGACAUGCGGAUGGUAGAGGAAAAUAUGAAAGAAAAUCCAAGAGAAAAUAUGAAACUGUAGAUGAAGAAAAAAUCCAAGAUAGGAGUAUUGCUAGGAAGCAAUAUCUAGGAAAAAAUCCUGACCCUGAGGAUCAGGAAAAGAAAGAGAGGCAGGAAUCAGUCAAGUCUCAUUGUGAAGAAUCAAGGACAAAGAGGAGAUGGUCAGGAAGGCGAGAGCAUGAUGAAAGAAGAACAUUGUCUCCGGAUCUUUCACCUAGGGCUCAAAGACGUACUUAUGAUGGAGAGCAUAAAGAUUUGCCUCCACAUUCUCUAAAGAACAGUUCUAGAAGAUCACAUUCUGAUGUUGAUAGAGGUAGAGUAGCAGCUAAUGGUUCAAGAAGUCACUAUCAUCGACAUGGUGGGUCUACAAGUGGGCUUGGUGGCUAUUCACCAAGGAAGAGGAAAACUGAGGCUGCUGUCAAGACACCUUCUCCAUCGAAGCAUUCUUUGGAGAAGAAAAGAGCUGGAUGGGAUCUUCCCCCUGGGGGGACUGAUAAUUCUUCAGCCUUUCAAUUGUCAAAUAUUACAAUAUCAUCAGCUGUACAUGAUGUAGCUGCUGCUGCUUUGGUGGAUCCGGUCAUUGUGAAGCCUCCUGUGCCUCAUCUGAAUGAUUCAUCAAUAGGGAAGAAUGCUGACAUUGAUUCUGUCCAACUGACACAAGCUACCCGGCCUAUGAGAAGGCUUUAUCUAGAGAAUCUACCAGCCUCUGCUUCUGAGAAAGCUGUGAUCGGGUCUCUUAAUAACCUGUUGCUCUCUGCAGGUGCAAACCUCAUCCAAGGAGCCCAGCCGUGUAUUAGCUGCAUUUUGCACAAAGAUAAGGGUCAAGCACUCGUGGAAUUUCUUACAGCUGAGGAUGCCUCAGCAGCUCUUUCUUUUGAUGGAAGUACACUGUUUGGCUCCACUGUCAAAAUUAGACGGCCCAAAGACUUUGUUGAAGUUACCACUGGUGACUUAGAGAGAUCUGUGGAUGAUGAUGUUACAAAUACAACCAAUACUAUUAGUGAUCUUGUAAUUGAUUCACCGGAUAAGAUCUUCAUUGGUGGAAUUUCAAAGCAUCUUUCGUCUGAGAUGCUUAUGGAAAUUGCUGGUGCAUUUGGAUCUUUGAAGGCUUAUCACUUCGGGGCUGAAGACACUGAUGAACAUUGUGCCUUCCUAGAGUAUGUAGACCACUCUGUUACUCUGAAAGCUUGUGCGGGUCUAAAUGGUUUGACGUUUGCUGGCAAGGUGUUAACAGUUGUUCAGGCUAUGCCUAAUGCCGCAUCCUUGGAAAAUGGUGGAAAACUGACAUCCUAUCAGGUUCCAAAUCAUGCAAGGCCACUGCUUAGCAAGCCAAGUGAAGUUUUGAAGAUAAAAAAUGUGUUCACCAUGGAAGCUCUUUCUUCUCUGUCUGGUGUGGAAAUUGAAGAAAUCUUGGAGGACGUACGAUUGGAAUGUGCAAGAUUUGGGACUGUGAAAUCUAUUAACGUAGUCAAGAAUAGCAGUGACAGGAAUGAAGCAGCCAAGUCAGAAGAAAGUGAAGCUAUCAAUGAUCUGAGAUCCAAUGGCGCUUCUCAAGAUUUUGCGUGUGAUGAAAACAAUCCUGAAUCAAACUUUUCUGAAAAGGCUGUUUACCUGGAAGCAGACUCCACUGCAACAAGUGGAGUGGAGUGUGAUAAUGGCAAUACAGAGAUCCAAGAAGAUAAAUCUGAUGGUGGUAGUGGCGCUGAUGUUGACAAGCUUGUUGAUCAAUUUUCUGACUAUAAAUCAUGUCAGGGAGAAAAGGUUGUGAGUGAUACAACUGUAGAAGGUGUGGAAGAUAAGAGCAUACCCAAUGUUACGAGCCAGGAAUGCCAUGAUCAUCACAAUGCUUCUAAAGAUCAGUCACAAUUGCUUGAUAACAUGGCUACUACUGAUAUUGGAAUAGAUGUUGAAAACAAGACAGUGGCUAACGAUACCAAUGAAGACUUGCGUGAUCCUAAUGCCAAUUUAGGACCAGAAUUAUAUGCUGCCAAAGAGGUGAAAAGUAAUGAAGACUUAAGUGAUCCUAAUGCCAGUUUAGGAGCAGAAUCGGGUGGUGUGAAUGAGGUGAAAAGCAAUGAAGAUGACAUUUCUGAUCAUGUCUUUGAAACAGGCUGUGUUUUUGUGGAGUUCCGAAGAACUGAAGCAUGUUGCAAGGCAGCACAUUGUCUCCACGGACGUUUCUUUGAUGGCAGAAUGGUGACAGUGGAAUAUGUUGCUCCUAGUUUAUACAAAGCUAGGUUUACAAAAUGAGAAUUUUGGGGAUCAGGAUGGUGUAAAGUUCCAGACAGGUUCUGACAUCACACUAGUUUUGAUCUUCUCGGUCUGAACUCUGGUUUUCAGUGUCAUUGAAGUUAGCAGCUUGCUUCCUGGUGUCUAAUUAGCAGGAACAUAGUGAUUAACUGCUUAUAUCAGGGCCGAAGCAGCCAAGCUAUCUGAUGGUGAGAUUUUAGGCCUUAUUUGGAGAUCAACCCUGUUUCAAGCUGUGCUGCAUGCUUUACAUUGUUGUAUGCCUAGAUAGGUAGUAUUUAUUCCAUUUAUAUUUGACUAGUAGCCUUGCAUUAUCUAAUAUCAUUCAUACUUAUUAUUAUUAUUAUUAUUAUUAUU